AGCAAGCGGAAGUCUUUUAUUCGAGAAUCAACCGCCAAGCAGUAACAUUCUUACAUAUUAAAGGCGUAGCAAUUCUUUCAAUACUGAAAAAAUGCGUUUCUUUGGCCUUAAUAUGUUGCCAAAGGCUCACACGCAUAUAAGGAAAUGCAACAUUUUUCAACUUAAUUUUGUGAAACAAUAUUCUACAACUUUGGAGCCCAAGGAGCCCGUUGUACUGUCGAAAACAAUCCCCGGACCAAAAUCAACUGACCUAAAGACUCAACUGGGGGCAGUUCAGAGUACUGGAACUGUUCAAUUCUUUGCCGAUUAUGAGAAAUCUACAGGAAACUAUAUUUUUGAUGUAGAUGGAAAUAUUUUACUUGAUGUUUAUACUCAGAUAUCGUCAGUUCCGUUGGGCUACAAUCAUCCAAGGCUUCUCAACCUUUUUAAGGAUGACAAGAAUAUUAAAACGCUCAUCAACAGACCCGCGCUUGGCGUGUUUCCCGGAAAGGAAUGGCCGGAAAAACUUCAGUCAAUAUUGAUGAACAUUGCUCCAAAAGGAUUAAACAAAAUCACUACAAUGAUGUGCGGAUCGUGUUCAAACGAAAAUGCAUUCAAAAGCAUUUUUAUUUGGUACCAAAAUAAAUUACGUGGGUCCACAGCAUUUACUGCAGAAGAAAUGAACUCAUGUAUGAUAAACAUGCCACCAGGAGCCCCAAAUCUCAGCAUUCUUUCCUUCAAGGGCGCAUUUCAUGGACGCACGCUGGGAGCUUUAUCUACUACACAUUCCAAGUAUAUUCACAAAAUUGAUGUUCCAUCUUUUGACUGGCCUAUUGCAUCAUUUCCGCAAUACAAGUAUCCAUUAGAGGAAAAUAUAGCGGAAAAUAAAAAAGAAGAUGAAAGAUGCCUAGGUGAAGUUCAAAGUCUUAUUGAUCUUUAUAACACUAAAGGCAAGCCAGUGGCUGGCGUUAUAGUCGAGCCGAUACAAAGUGAAGGUGGUGAUAAUGAAGCUUCGCCUGAAUUUUUUAGAGCCCUUCAAAAAAUUUGUAAAAAAAAUGGUGCAGCGCUUUUAAUUGAUGAAGUUCAGACUGGAGGAGGAAGUACAGGAAAGUUUUGGUGCCAUGAACAUUUUAACCUGGAAUUCCCACCUGAUGUUGUAACAUUUAGUAAAAAAUUGCAACUUGGAGGAUAUUUCCAUAGUGAUGAUUUUGUACCAAAAGAACCUUACAGGAUUUUUAACACUUGGAUGGGCGAUCCAGGAAAAAUAAUUUUGUUAGAAGAAAUAUUAAAGGUUAUUAAUGAGGAAAAACUUCUGGAAAAUGUUAAUUUGGCUGGAAAAGUGCUAAAAGACGGAUUAAUAAACUUAGAAAAAGAAUUUCCACAUCUAUUAAACUCAACUCGAGGACGUGGUACAUUUUUGGCAGUUAACUGUUGUAACACUAAAGUUCGAGAUUUGUUAGUGAACACUUUAAAGCUUCACGGCGUUCAAACAGGAGGUUGUGGAGAAAUAUCAAUCCGCUUUCGUCCAGCUUUAAUAUUUAGGGAACAUCAUGCCAAUAUUGUUUUGGAUCGAUUUAGAACAGUUUUGAAAACUCUUUAAAAUUAUAUAUUGUUAAUAAAUGUGCUCUGAUCAAUAAAUAUUUAAAGCUUUAAACCGA